CAACUCAGGGAACAAUUGUGAAGGGAAAGGCAGCAGCACUUCUUCUCCGUUCUGGAAAGAUGGAACUUUUGAUGCUAGAAAACUUCAUAGAUGGGAAAUUUUUACCUUGUCACUCGUAUAUAGAUUCUUAUGAUCCAUCCACAGGAGAAGUGUACUGCAAAGUGCCAGAUAGUGGAAAAGAAGAGAUCGAGGUCGCAGUGGAGGCAGCCAGAAAGGCCUUUCCCAGCUGGUCAUCCCGCAGCCCCCAGGAGCGCUCCCAGGUCCUGAACMGGCUGGCAGACUUGCUGGAGCAGUCCCUUGAGGAGUUGGCCCAGGCAGAAUCUAAAGACCAAGGGAAAACCCUGACGAUGGCAAGAACUAUAGACAUUCCCCGRUCUGUGCAGAACUUCCGGUUCUUCGCUUCCUCCAUCCUGCACCACACGACAGAGAGCACACAGAUGGAUCACCUGGGCUGUCUGCACUACACAGUGCGGACUCCGGUGGGAAUUGCGGGUCUGAUUAGUCCUUGGAAUUUGCCCCUCUACUUGCUGACCUGGAAGAUAGCUCCGGCCAUCGCUGCUGGGAACACUGUGAUAGCAAAGCCCAGUGAGCUAACUUCAGUGACUGCGUGGAUGUUGUGCAAGUUCCUGAAUAAAGCAGGUGUUCCACCAGGUGUGGUCAAUAUUGUGUUUGGAACAGGGCCCAAGGUAGGUGAGGCCCUGGUGACCCACCCAGAGGUGCCCUUGAUCUCCUUUACUGGGAGUCAACCCACAGCUGAGCGGAUCACCCAGCUGAGUGCUCCCUUCUGUAAGAAGCUCUCCCUGGAGCUGGGGGGCAAGAAUCCUGCCAUCAUUUUUGAGGAUGCCAAUCUGGAGGACUGUAUUCCAGCAACUGUCAGAUCCAGCUUUGCCAACCAGGGUGAAAUCUGUCUCUGCACCAGCAGGAUCUUUGUUCAGAGGAGCAUCUAUAAUGAAUUUUUAAAGAGGUUUGUAGAAGCUAGCAGAAAGUGGAAGGUCGGCAUUCCUUCUGAUCCAUCAGCCAGCAUGGGUGCUCUGAUAAGUAAAGCACAUUUGGAGAAAGUCAGAAGUUACAUCAAGAAGGCUCGUGCUGAAGGGGCCCAAAUCCUGUGUGGCGAGGGGGUAGAUAGGUUGAGCCUGCCCCCCAGGAAUCAGGCGGGCUACUUCAUGCUUCCCACGGUGAUAACAGACAUUAAGGAUGAGUCCUGCUGUAUGAAGGAAGAGAUAUUUGGUCCAGUGACGUGUGUUGUCCCUUUUGAUAGCGAAGAGGAAGUGAUUAGAAGGGCCAACAGUGUUAAAUACGGGCUGGCGGCUACGGUAUGGUCAGGCCACGUGGGACGCAUCCACCGGGUGGCUCAGAAGCUGCAGUCGGGCUUGGUCUGGACCAACUGCUGGCUGAUCAGAGAGCUGAACCUGCCUUUUGGGGGGAUGAAGUAUUCUGGGAUAGGAAGGGAGGGAGCCAAGGACUCUCAUGACUUCUUUACUGAAAUCAAAACCAUCACAGUUAAGUACUGAACUUCGCCCAUGGGGAAGCUGCUGUCAUCACUGCCUUGCAGCAGAGACCCUGCUGUCCAGUGUGAUGAAGGAAGUGCAGGUGUCCAUCGCAGCACAUCCUGACGGCAGGAGGCUCUCUCUAGCUUACCUUGGAAGGCUCGCGAGAUGCUACCUAUUUUCAAUGUGGACUCAGAAGAGAAUACUUCUGAAUAGGAAGUCACAACAAGGAGGCCAUACGAUCAUCAUGUCAUGCCUUCAAAGGAUUUUUUUCAUCAUCUAGAAUGAAUUCUUGGAAUCCUCAGUAAUCAAACAUUUUCAUUUACAAAUAUGGAGUAAAAAAAAUCCACAAAGCCGAAGAGAAACAACUCAGCAUAAUUCCCUGCCUUUAAGAGGACCGUGGAGAUGUUCUCCUGGUCCAUUAUCCACCUGUGUGGCUAAGUGAUAACUGGAUACUCCUCAUCAUGUGUGGGGGUGUCGAAUGUUUCUGCACUUUGUUAGAGGAGGUCUAUGUGGUAGGUUGGGCUAAAUAUAUCUAUACAGGGACAAAGAACAAUAAAAUUGCUACCACUUUUAGAGGAAGCUUGGAACAAGAAGAGAAAACGAAUCCAUUUCCACUGUCAAGUCUAUCAAUUGUUAAUAAGGCUG